AUGGACAUAUGUGUACGUGAACAAACAACAAUAACAACAACAAUUACAGCAAUUGUUUUAAGUGUAACGAAUACAAUACUAGGACAAGAGUCAUCAUUCUUUAAGAAGCCAUGGCCAACAUACAGUCUACAGAAUAUGCCACAGACACGAUUCACAUGUCAUGACAAAAUACUCGGCGGUUAUUAUGCAGAUCCGGAGACUCAAUGUCAAAUGUUCCAUGUGUGCGUCAAAGUUGGCGGAGUAGGGCAGCAGCAACAUCACAGUAAUCAUAACUAUUUGCCAAACGAUGAAGUGGAGAAGACAUCGAAGAAAAAAAUCAAAACGGAAGUGAGCAAGAAACCAAUUGUGAGCUAUUAUACACCGACCACCACCAGUACGACAACGGAACGUUAUGUCGGCAGUGAUGAUUCAAAGCAGGAUUUAGAUGAUAUCUUCAAGGGAUCGCACAGUUCUCAUUUCUUUUCCAAUCGCAAUGGAGGAAGAGAAGAUGAUUUUGUGGAUCAUCCGGUGCGUAAUCAACAAAAACCCAAUGACUUCAAUGAUUUCUCCAAGAAAUCUGAGUCCAGCACCACCAUUGGUGGUAAGUCACGUGUAACCCCAACCCGAUCCAGGCGACCACCAACAACACCAUCAACUACCACUUUGGCUAGUACCACCACAACUACAGCUGCACCUAAGACUACCAAGAAGGUAACACCCUAUUAUAAUACUGAUUUCUAUGAUUAUUCGCAAUAUAAAUCCACGACAACGGCCUCAACCACUUCGGCACCACCCAGUACUGUGGCGGCAACCACACCCAAAUCAGCACCACACAAUCCAGUAAAUCGUUUCUCGUUUGGUUUUAACGAUUAUCAGACCCAAUUGAAUAUUCAACCCACAACCUAUAAUCCAAAUCGCUUGAAAUCAUCUACACCAAAAUAUAGCAGCGAAUUGAAUAGAGGAGAUAAGACGGUGAAUAAUGAGGCCUUCAACAAGAAACUGCAGAAAUUCGAACAAAGUCAACAAAAAGUGCCAGCCCAAAACAGCAGUUAUGCCAACAUAAAUGAAUUUAGUGAAUUUGCCAAAAUUAGACCACAGCCACCACAACCAUUCCAACCUAAGGCCCCAGCGAAAACGUUUGAAGCGCCGAAAAGAUCUGAAGUAGAACCGCAAUUUUAUCGAUCACGGGGACAACCAAGACAACCGGAGCCAUUUAAAACAGCACCCACCAGGGCUAGCCAUAGCAGAGUAACAACAACGAUUAUACCGGAGAGUAUUAAAGAGAAAUCUCUAGCCAACCCAGAGAAGCCACGAGGUUUUGUCAGCCGUGGAAGUAUUAAUUACAAGGCCACAACACAAAGAAACAGUGAAACAUAUCCCACAGUUUCGGCUCAAAAUUACAAGAAAUUCUCCACAUUGGUGCCAAAGGAUAAAUAUGACCCCACCACAUUUAAACCCACAACCUAUAAGAAAUCCUAUGAAAAUAACAUCUAUCAGUCACAACAAACCGUAAGACCACAAAAUAAACAACCAAACAAAGCCGGCGGUACCACCACCAAGUCUCUACCAUCCACAACCACAGCCUAUACCACAGCAAAUCCUUAUUACAACAUCGAUGAAGAUGAUGGUCAAUAUCAUCCUGAGUUGUACGAAAUCGAUUUCCCUCGCAAUAAAUUUAAUUUGCAACGUUCCAGUAGUACAACAACAAGUUCUAGUAGUUCGACUACAACAACAACCACACCCAGACCCUACUAUCAACAGCAGCAGCAACAAAAAUCUUAUCAAAAUCCCGUUACCCAUUUGAAGAGUCAACAACAAACAGCCUUCCAAAAGGAACAGUCGGCUCAGCGCAACGAUUUCAGUGAUGAAGAUGAACUUUUCAAUACCGCGCAAUCAUUGAAUUUUGGGGCAGCCAGUAUAAAUAAAUUGCGGGCCGAUAUUAUCAAAGCUGAAAAGACAUCACAGCAAUAUAAUUCCCAUUAUAAUCCCUUGAAUUCGUUGACUAGUCCCAAAACCACGACCACUACAACAGCCGCAACACCAACCUCAAGUACCACAAACUAUUUUACAUAUCCCGCAUAUUCGUCAUCAUCAUCUACACAGCAAACAACACAAAAACCCACCACAUAUGCAGUUGCAAGCAGUAGCACCACAACUACAUCCACCACAAGACGACCCACUACCACCACCACACCUUACACGACUACGACCACCACAACUCCAUAUCCUUUCAACAUUACCAAAAGUGGUAAACAUGCCGAUAAAAAACCAAAAAAGAAUGACAGCAAAAAGAAAACUUCGAAGAGGCCACCACAUGCCGAUGAGGAUACCAGUUACGAUUAUGCCUAUUACGAUACGGAUACUCUGAGUGAAUCGCCACAAGAAUAUCCUGAAUAUGAAAUACAGGAAUUUACGAAGACACGAAAAAAUUAA